AUGAAAACCACAUGCACCAUGAUCUUGUUAUGGCCCCUCUCUGUGCUAUUAUUAUCAGAUGAAAGCCAAACUUCUAAAACAGAAGUCAAAUGCAAUUUCACUGAAAAGAAUUAUUCUUUGAUUCCAGCGGAUAUCAAUAAAGAUGUUACUAUACUUGAUCUCAGUUAUAACCAAAUUACUCUGAAUGUUACAGACACAAGGAUUCUACAGACUUAUUUUUUACUUACUGAGCUCUAUUUGAUUGAGAACAAUGUUGUUAUCUUACAUAAUAAUAGUUUUAGUAACCUCUCCAAUCUAGAAAUUUUAAAUAUCUGUAGAAACUCCAUCCACAUAAUUCAACAGGAUGCAUUUAUAGGCUUAAAGAAACUAAAACAGUUAUAUCUCUGCCAAAACAAAAUAUUACAACUGAAUCCUGAUGUAUUUGUGCCUCUAAAAAACCUGACACUUCUGAAUCUGCAAGGCAAUUCACUAAGCUAUUUUGACGUACCACAACUGUUUCAUCUGGAAUUAAUAAUUUUAUAUGGAAAUCCAUGGAAUUGCUCUUGCAGUCUAUUGAAUUUGCAGAACUGGUUGAACACCUCAAAUGUGACACUGGAUAACGAGAACAUCACCAUGUGCAACUACCCAGAUAUCCUGAAGUGCUACAGUAUCAAAACAGUACCUCACGAGGCUGAAUGCUACACAAAAUUUCCUUCACUUGUAACUGAAGAUCUUUAUAUUUACUUUCAGUCCAUUAGCAAUUCAACAUUUAAUUGCUCUUUGAACAACUUAACAAAAAAUUCAGAACGUGAACCUGUUGGAAAAAGCUGGGUUUUUCUUGUCGGUGUUGUAGUCACUGCACUGAUGACUUCACUACUCAUUUUUGCUGCUAUCAAAUGCCCAAUAUGGUAUAAUAUUCUGCUUAGUUACAAUCAUCAUCGCCUGGAAGAGCGUGAAGGAGAAACUCAUGAAGAUGGUUUUACUGGAAAUCCAAGUUCUCUUUCACAGAUACCAGAUACAAACUCCGAAGACUAUUCAGUAAUAUUUGAACAACUACAUUCAUUUGCAGUAGAUGAUGAUGGGUUUAUUGAAGACAAAUAUAUAGACACUCAUGAAUUAUGUGAAGAAAACUAA